UGUGUGUGUCUUUUGAGGAGAACCGGCUCUUAAUUUUUAUAAUUUACUUUGUCAUGUCACAUAUACAGUUAAUAUGCUUUGUGCUGUUUAAGAAAUACGUUUUUAUCUCAAGGCCACAGAGUAUUCUCUUUUUGUUUUUCUAUAAAUGUCAUUAUUUAUCUCUAACAUUUAGAUGAGCAAUCCAUUCAGAAUUGAUUUGUUGUAUGAUAUGGGUAGUUACUGCGGUUUUCUUUUACCUAAUAUGGCUAGCAAAUUUCAGUUUAUUCUGAAAAUGUUGUAUUACGCUCUCUCUAUAUGCUUUUGCUUAUUGUAGCUUCACCCAGUUAUGAUCACCUCGUUCUUAGUGCUGACUUUUCCAUGGAGUAUACUGGAAAGGUUCUCCAUUUACUCCUGCCUCUUGGAGUCUUUGGCAAUCUCACAGGACCACGGAAGUUACUCUUGGUGUCAGAUUCUUCAAUGAGUCUCUUUGCUCAGAAGAAUGAUUGUUACUACUAUUUAGAGGAAAAUGUGCUAAAUGACAGAAUGGCCCCCAGGCAUUUGGCAAUAGCAGUCAUCUUCUUAUCACAGACGAUAGUUGGAAUCCUGGGCAAUUUCUCUCUUCUUCACCGUUAUGUCUUCCAUUACCACACCGAAGGGAGUUUGAGACCCACAGAGUUGAUCUUCAUGCACCUGAUUAUAGCCAACUCCUUGACGAUGCUCUCAAAAGGUGUCCCCCAGACAUUGGCAGCUUUUGGGCUGCAAUAUUUCCUCAAUGAGUUUGGAUGCAAACUUCUUUUGUAUGUUCAGAGGGUGGGCAGGGGAAUGUCCGUUGGCAGCACCUGCCUCUUGAGUGUCUUCCAGACCAUCACGAUCAGCCCCAUGAACUCCUGUUGGAAGGAUCUUAAAACCAAAGCCCCAAAGUACAUUGGCUUCUCCAUUUCCCUCUGUUGGAUCCAGUUCAUGUUUGUAAAUUUAAUUUUUCCUAUGUAUGUGUUAUAUGCAUCUAACAACUGGCACAUGAAAAACAUCACAAAGAAACUAGAUUUGGGGUAUUGUCUUUCUGUAGAUACUGAGACCAUCACAGUUUUUGUAUAUGCAGCAUUGAUAGUAUUUCCUGAAGUUUCACUUUCUGGGCUCAUGAUCUGGACCAGCGGCUCCAUGGUCUUCCUCCUGCACAGACACAAGCAGCGGGUCCAGCACAUUCACAGCACUAAUGUCUCCCCCAGAUCCUCUGCUGCGUCCAGAGCCACCCAGAGCAUCCUCGUCCUCGUGAGCACCUUUGUGUCUUUCUACUUCCUCUCCUCCGUCUUUCAUGUUUGUGUUGCUCUUCUUUGUAAUCCCAGCUGGUGGCUGGUGAACACCGCUGCAGUAAUUUCCGUGUGCUUUCCAGCCAUCAGCCCAUUUCUGCUCAUGAGACAAGACUCCACGGUACGUAGGCUCUGCUUUUCCUGGAUAAGGAACACAAAAUCCCCUAAUCUUACCAGAAAAAAUGUGAAUUGUAUGUGUCUGAGCAAUGCCCAGUUGUUUAUUUACUCCUCCUGCUGGAAAAGUCAAUACAGAACCUAGGAAGUAACCACAUGACUCUCCAGCGUGGACACUAAUGGGCAUUGGUGGUUGCAUCACCUGGUUGAAAUGGGCCAUAUACUGGCAGACUGGGAGUGGACAAAGCUGUUUGGCCUCAUUCUGAUGCCUAGUAUUCUGAAUAUAGCUGUCUUAAUGAAAUGCUAUUGAGGGAAAUUGAGUGGAUUUGAUUCUAGCUUCUUAUCUGUUGAUGGGAGUGCUUCACUCAGGGAUGUACUCAUAGAAAAAUCUGCCAGAGUUUAAUACUGUGAAAAAAUGGGUUAUCAAUAUUGUUGGAAGGCAAUUCUCCAUGGGUUUCUCAUGUAUGUGCAUGUCUUGUGGGCAGAGGCAUGGGGAACUUUUGUUCUGGACUGUUUUUCAUAGGUGUUUGUAUAAAGAAGUACCUUUGAAGAUAAUAGAUUAGUGUCAUCCUUUGGAGCAGUGGACAGAUUAAUUUGUUGUACAGGAAAAUAAGAAACUUUUGCCGAGAAAUGGCAAUGACAAAGGUGACAAGAAUUUUGGAGAUCUGAGGAGAAAGUUAAGCCUCAGAAGUCUGCUUGAACAUCCAGUGGAGUCCUGAGACAUAGUGAGUUAGAAAAUCCUCAGAAGUUGAAAGGAUAUCUGAGUCCUCAUCUAAGAGCUUCAGGAACCACACCAUCUCCCCUCCACAAUAAGUGCUGGUUGCUACCAUUCUAGGAAAGUCAUUCCUUGAAAACAUCUUACUGGUGAGUUUAAACUAAAACUGGAAGUAGAUGUCCAGAGCCAGCUUCAAAUAUGUCCCACUAUAAUAACCUUGCUUGAGAUACGUAUCAGCUUUUAAUGUCGCAUGGCUUUAUACUCAGACUGUGCUCAGAAAAAAGGUGAUAGCCUCUCAGGUGCUAUAUGUCUGUGUGGAGGACAGAGGAUGCAGGUUUAUUUGGAAUCCUAUGCCCCAAAGCUGCAGGUUCCAAAGGAUGAGAAUUUUGCCCCAAUUGAAUGAUGAUGAUCCUAGAAGAAUCCUAGGAUGAAUGGUGAUUCUAGGAGACUGAAAUCAGCAGGGCAUGAAGGAGAGAAUGUGAAAUGAUAUGUCCUGUUCAAGAGGGAAAUCCUCCUGCCCCAGUCAAAAGUGUGGUUCAAAACCUUGUGAGCGAGACAAUCCAUUCCUGCCACAGAAAGGGCACACUCUCCCAAAACUUGAAGUCAAAAAGAAGAUGAAACAUAUGUAUCAGUGACUGCACCCCAGAAAACAAAUAAUUUGACCUUUUUUUUUUUUUUUGGCAUAAAGCCAAGUCAAAGUCAGCUUCUGACAGGUGAAAUCCACUUGAAAUCAGAUCUUUCUUUGUGAACGGUAGAGACUCUGAAAUUCGGGAAAGUGAGACAGUCAUUGGCCCAAGCUGUGCUUUUCACAUGGACCGCAAAUCUGGGAGGAGAGUCAGUUCAAGGAGUGAUUCCUGUCCAGACAGUGCCCAUGGAUGGACACAAGAGUGACUGCAGGGAUUCUUCCUAACUUGAACAAAGGACAGUGAUGAGUGUUACAUUCAACGUCCAAAAACCCACCUCUGGGAGCCGGAGAUCUCUCCUCUUUACAGGUUCGUUCUCUUUCUCUCUCUCUCUGUCUCUCAUAUCAACCCACAACUUCACUGGGGAUGUGAGAUUGCACAAGCCUGGAAUUGCAGUGCAGAUGCAGGAAAGAAAGAAGAGAAGGGUGAACUACUUUUCAAAAAAAAAUAGGAAGCUCCAGUGGUACCUUUAUCUAACUCUCCAAUCUGGAAACUAGGAGCCUUGUCUAGACGUGGUAAAAUAAAGGGUAAAGAGAUGUUUUUUUUAACGUCUAUUAUUGAGAGACAGAGAGACACAGAGCGUGAGCAGAAUCUGAAGCAGGCUCCAAGCUCUGAGCUGUCAGCACAGAGCCCGACGCGGGGCUCCAACUCACGAACUGUGAGAUCAUGACCUGAGCCAAAGUCGGUCAUCUAACCAACUGAGCCACCCAGGUGCCCCAAGGGUAAAGAGAUUUUAUAGGAAGGUGAAAAGAAUGCCCUUUUGGGUGGAGUCCAGUACCUUCAGGAUCUGACAGCAUCAGGAACUGGGGUGCAAGGACAGAAGUUCUAUGAGCAUAACAUGAAGGCUCACACAGGUGCUUUCACAGGGAGAAUCCCCUGUGGGACGCACAGGAUCCCUGUGAGGAAUGCAGGCAACAUGCCAUCUCCCAGGAGGAAUCUGACAAGCAGGGAAGUUAACAUUUGUCCAAAGUCGGGACUGAAAGUUCCGCUUCCAAACCCAACCAGCAGUCCCCCCACCCUCCACUGAACCUCAUCCUCCCCCAGUGGAAAAUAGCCUGUGCUCCCUUCUCCUGAUUCCCGUGGAUGGGCAGGCAUAGUAUGGGAGACAUGUCCCAGCCUCUGUUUCCCUGCUGUGGCCUCCCUGUAAGGGCUCUGCUCCCGGAGAGAGUCAGGCCACAGCAGCUGACAUCUCAGAGACUGGGGACCUGGGAUCCCAUUGAAAGAGAUGAGGGGUGCUCCUUGGAGGUCCCAGGAUUGAUCAGGCAGACCCUUAACUUUGUGUCAGUUUUCCUGGACUGCCAUAACAAAAUGCAAUGUUCAGCAUGGCUUUAAAAAAAAAAAAAUGCCAGGUAUUUUCUUCCACAGUUCAGGAGGCUGGAGGUCCAAGAUGCAUCAGAAGGUGUAUUUUCUUGUGACAUCUCCUUGGCUUACCAAUGGCCACCGUUUCAUUGUGUCCUCCCUUAGUGUGUCUUCUGUACACGCAGAGGUCUGGAGCCUCUCUGUGUCCCAGAUUGCCUCUUAUAAUGACACCACUGAGAGUGGAUCAGGGCUCACCCUAAUGUACUCAUUUUAACUCCGAGAGCCUUCAAGGUUCUAACUCCAAAUAGAGUCACCUUCUGAUAUUGGGAUUUAGGACUUCAGCCUAUCAAUUUGAAAAGAUCCAGUUUGGUCAUGAACACUCAGCCUGCUGGACCCCUCAAACUCAUGUCCUCCAGGAAAAUCCACUUCCCUCCCCAUACCAACAGCCCCAAAGUCUAAACCACUGUAUAAUCCAAGUCCCAAAUCGCACCUACUAUCAUCUAAGUCAAGAGUAAUUGAGAUUUGAGACAUGAUUCAUCUUGAGGAAAACCUGUUUUCUUCCAGCUAUAAAUUUGUGAAUGCAGACACAUUCCCUGCUUCCAGAAUACAAUGGCAUGGGGAGAGUUUAGAUAUUCCCAUUCCAAAAGAAGGAAUUGAAAAAAGGAAAUGGGUCACCUGUCCCCAAUAAGUAAAAAAUCUAGGAGGGAAAAUUCCCUUAGAUUUCAAAGGCUUGAGGGUUAUGCUCUUUGACCGGAUGUAUUGUCUUCUGGGCCUAGCGGGGUGGUGUCCCUGCCAUGCAGCUUCCCCUGGAAUGCCAUUGUCAGCUGGGAAUCUUGUAAUACAGAUAAUCCUUAAUAUCCUUAAUAGUCUGCCCCUCCCUCCCCGCCCCCCCCCCCCAUCUCCUGCUGUGUAAGGUGUUCCCUUCCCAGGCAUCCAGGUGUCCCUCCUCCUCUACCUCGGAAUGUUCCAUGUCAUUACCUGUACUUCCGCUUUCUUGCGGCCAUCCCAUAGUUU